AAAUCAUCGUCACGUCAAACAUGCGUCCAACAAGUGAUGUAAAUAGAAACACAAUUUUCUUUCUUCAACUUAGCCAAUUCCUUUCUCUACAAAUCAAAUGGGAUUCCCCCAAAUUGAAACCCCAAACCCUCAUGACAGAGAGAGUCGCACGCUCAAAGUUCUUUCAAGCCCUAACUACGCACAAUCGAUUCUACCCCACUAUCGAAGGACCCAACAACCAGUUCAACCGAAGAAGGCGUGCACAUGGAGCAGUUCAACCGAAGAAGGCGUGCACAUGGAUGGACCAAUUGAAGUAUUCAUGGAAAGUUUGAGGUAUGUGUAUCAAUUUCCAGAAUUUUCUACCGGGACAGACAUACCACAUUUUGAGGUUGUGCAGAUUUAUAGAUCCGCAGUCGAGUUCAGAGAGGGUACAUCUUCGGCAAGCAAUGUUGCACAAGAGAUGUCUUCCAUUUGAUGCCUUCACCAUGGUUGUGUGUGAAGCAAAGAUGGUUUGUAUUUCAUCCAGUCUAGCAGUUAUGAUUCCCAUUGGUGAUGAACUUGAACGUGGACAUUCCAUUGCAUCUAGUAUGUCAACCAUUGAAGUUAACUUCGAAGAAAUGGUUGGCGAAAUACAACAUAUGCACAAGGCUAAAUCGUCGAAGCUGAAAGCAGCAAGGGCACGAGCAAGAAGAAUUGCAAAGACAACACAAGAGCUACAUCCGUUCGGUGUAAAGGGGUGACGGUGUUUUGUAGUGCAAUGCACAAGAACACUGAUUACUAGAUGGGAGUUAAAAAUAUUUUUAUGGUAUAUAUGCUAGGAAGGAAUUUGUAUUUAUCGUUCUUGUGAAUCUAUAGUAUUUGUCUUGAUGAUUAAAUUUUUUUUCUAGCAAAUGAUGCUUUUAUCGAAAUGCAAUACUGUUUUUUGGGCUUGAAA